AUGGCAACUGCAGACGACCUCAUCGCCAGCCUGCAGGGUAUCGACGCCAAGUCGUUCGCCAGCGAGGCCGAGCGCGUUCGAGCCAGAGACGCCGUGUUCGACGCUCUCAGGAGGAUACAGUCGCCAUGGGACAUUGCGUGGGACCACAACUGGGUCAGCGGUGCCAUCAAUGCGGCCGUCAAGACGCUCAUCGACGCCGGCGUCUUCACCAAGUGGGCAGAAGCCGGCGGCGAGCCCAUCAGCUGCGCCAAGCUUGCCGAGCUCACGGGUGCCGAUGUGGUGCUCAUUAGACGGAUGGUGCGCGCCCUCGCGGGCCAGCUCCUCAUCACCGAGGUCGGCCAGGACACAUAUGCGCGGACAGCCUGGGCCAGGGCGCUUGCCGAGGACCCGUCGUUCGCGGGCAUGUACGGCGGCUUCUACCACGAGCUCAACAACCCCAUGUUCCGCACGCUGCCGUACUACCUCAAGGAGACGGGCUUCCGGAACCCGACCAACGUCAACGACUGCAACUUCCAGUUCUGGCGCGGCGAGGGGGCCAACAUGUUCCAGUACGUCGGCACCAACCCGCUGCUGACGUCCGACUUCAACGACGCCAUGGAGUGCCACUCCAAGUACAACCUGACUCCCUGGGUCGACAUCUACCCUACCAACACCGUCAUUGCGGCAGCCAAGGAGCACGGCCACCUCGGCUCCGACCGGCCGCUCGUGGUCGACGUCGGCGGCGGCAAGGGCCACGACCUGAGGAAGUUCCUCGCGCGGCACCCGGACGUGCCAGCGGGGAGCCUGGUGCUGGAGGACCUGCCGGAGAUCCUCAAGGGCGCGGAAGCCGAGCUCUCAGCAGCAGCAGCAAGCAGCGAAGGCGGCAGCGCCAUCGCGGUGCAGCCGCACGACUUCUUCGAGGCGCAGCCCGCGGGGCGCACCGGGGCGCGCGUCUACUUCAUGCACAACGUGCUACACGACUGGCCCGACGAGACGGCGCUGAAGAUCCUGCGCACGCUGGCCGCCGCCAUGGAGCCCGGCUACUCGCGGCUGCUGAUCCACGAGAGCCUUGUGAGUAGCGAGCGCCCGCUGUCGCGCGUCACCGUGUCCGACCUCACCAUGAUGGCGUGUCUGGCGGCGGCCGAGCGGUCCGAGGACCAGUGGCGCGAGCUGAUUGCCAGCGCCGGGCUGCGGCUGGUCAAGAUCUGGCGCCCUGUGCAGUCGGUCGAGAGCAUCAUCGAGGCUGAGGUGGUGUAG